UGCAAGGAGUUACAGGUGGUCUGAGUCCUGCAGCAAAGUGUGCCAGAUGUGUGACAUGGGAGAGGAUGAGACGGUGGAACAUGUGGUGCUGGAGUGUGUGAAGUAUGCCAGAGACAGGAAUGAGAUGAUGCAAGUGAUACUGAGUUAGGGCAUGAUAGGAAUGAAAGAGUGGAGAAGACAGGAAAUGAAUGGAUGGUGUUGUUGCUGGGACUGUGUAGAGAGACGAAUGAAAGGAUGAUUGAGGCGGUGAAAGAGUUUCUGGAGAGAAUGUGGCGUGCCAGGUGUAGGAACAAUUAGGAUAGAGGAUGCUGUUCGUUUCUCUUUUUUUUCCCCCUUCUACAGGAGUUGCCGAUCCAAAGGCCUGGCUCAGGAGUGAUCCUGUGCCACCUGUUCCAUCAAGAUCAAGAUCAAGAUCAGGAGUGUCUGAAGCCUGGGAUUCAAAUUCGCUGCAGGCAGUAGUGGUCAGAGGACGUAUUUUUUUUAGCCAAGUAAAGGCUUGCACGCUGCUCCAAGUGUCUGAAAAGUGAGGGAUCGAGGUUCUGAGGGGGAGGUACUUUGUUACGUCACGCAAUUAUAAUCAGGAAGGUGUGAUGGAUGAGAAUGCUUUGUGGCACAACAGGGACACAGCCUCCCAGGAAAAGGACCACAUCCCCCAAAGCAAGGGUGGACUGUCUCAGCGGCCAAGCCAGCGCUCCCCUCUCAAGGACAUCCUGAACAGCAGCCCUUCUAACACUAAGGUUUCUGUGAAGGUGAAAGACACAACACAGCAACAUGAGGCAAUGCAGCAACUGAACGAGGAGGAGGAGUGGCGUGAGAGGACUGAGGUUGUGACAGCCCUUGACCACUGCCACAACCUGGACAUGGCAAGGGACCUGCUGGACCAGGCACUGCUGGCAGCCACCUGCAGAGCUCAAACAAAGAAAGAUCAGCCACGUCCAGCUGGAUUUCGGGAAGUGAAAAACAUCUCGGUAGGAAACUCAGAUUCAGAGUAUGAAAGUGCAGAGGAGGAUGAACAAGACCAGACAUUGGCACCUCUGGAGAAGAGUAACCCCAUCUCACCCACCUGCAUUACCUCUCCCACAGCCUGGGCCAGCCCCUCCCUGCUUCACUCAGCCUCUGCCAUCUCCACUCCCAACAGGUGUGACAGCUUUGAGAAUUCCCUUCUGAACAGUUUUGAGAACAUGAAGAUUGAGGAGAAGGAUGAAGAAAAAUUCCAUGAUGCUUCAGAUGAUUUUGCCAAUCAGCAAGAUGAUGUUGAGCCUGCCACUCCAGGUUCUUCCAGUAAGAGUGCACAACCUGUCAUUCUAGGCUCCCCCAGCAAGAGUGCACAGCCUACCACUCCAUGGUCCCACAGCAAGAGUGCACAGCCUGCCACUCCACGCUCCUCCAGCAAGAAUGCACAGCCUGCCACUCCAGGGUCCCCCAGCAAGAGUGUACUGCCUGCCACUCCAGGUUCUUCCAGCAAGAGUGCACAGCUUGCCAGCUCCCCCAGUAAGGAGAGUGCACAGCCUGCCAGCUUGCCCAGCAAAGAGAGUGCACAGCCUGCCAGCUCCCCCAGCAAGGAGAGUGCACAGCCUGCCACUCCAAGCUUCCCCACAACAGAGAGUACACAGCCCACCACUCCAGGCUCCCCCAGCAAGGAGAGUGCACAGCCCACCACUCCAGGUUCCCCCAGCAAGGAGAGUGCACAGCCCACCAUUACAGGCUCUCCCAGCAAGGAGAGUGCACACCCUGGCACUCCAGUCUACCCUAGUAAGGAGAGUGCACAGCCUGCCACUCCAGGCUCCCCAUGCAAGGAGAGUGCACAGCUUGCCAACUACCCCAGCAAGAAGAAUGCACAGCCUGCCACUCCAGGCUCCCCAUGCAAGGAGAGUGCACAGCCUGCCACUCCAGGUUCCCCCAGCAAGGAGAGUGCACAGCUUGCCAACUACCCCAGCAAGAAGAGUGCACAGCCUGCCACUCCAGGCUCCCUGCACAAGGAGAGUGCACAGCCUCCCACUCCAGGCUCCCCCAGCAAGGAGAGUGCACAGCCUGCCAGCCCCCCCAGCAAGAAGAGUGCACAGCCUGUCAACUCCCCCAGCAAGGAGAGUGCACAGCCUGCCACUCCAGGCUCCCCCAGCAAGGAGAGUGCACAGCCUGCCAACCCCCACAGCAAGAAGAGUGCACAGCCUGUCAACUCCCCCAGCAAGGAGAGUGCACAGCCUGCCAACUCCCCCAGUAAGAAGAGUGCACAGCCUGCCAACUCCCCCAGCAAGGAGAAUGCACAGCCUGCUGACUCCCCCAGCAAGAAGAGUACACAGUCUGCCAUUCCAGGCUUCCCCAACAAGGAGAGUGCACAACCUGCCACUCCAGGCUUCUCCAGCAAGGAGAGUGCACAGCCUGCCACUCCAAGCUCCCCUAGUAAGGAGAGUGCACAGCCUGCCACUCCAGGCUCCCCCAGCAAGGAGAGUGCACAGUCUGCCAGCUCCUCCAGCAAAGAGAGUGCACAAUCUGCCAACUCCCCCAGCAAGGAGAGUGCACAGCCUGCCACUCCAGGCUCUCCCAGCAAGGAGAGUGUACAGCCUGCCACUCCAGGCUCUCCCAGUAAGGAGAGUGUACAGCCUGCCACUCCAGGCUCACCCUGUAAGGAAAGUGCACAGCUUGACACUCCAUUCUCCCCCAGUAAGGAGAGUGCACAGCCUGCCAACUACCCCAGCAAGAAGAGUGCACAGCCUACCACUACAGGCUCCCCCAUUAAGGAGAGUGCACAGCCUGCCACUCCAGGCUCCCCUAGUAAGGAGAGUGCACAGCCUGCCAUUCCAGACUCCCUCAGAAAAGAGAGUGCACAGCCUGCCAGCUCCCCCAGCAAGGAGAGUGCACAGCCUGCCAACUCCCCCAGCAAGAAGAGUGCACAACCUGCCAACUCUCCCAGCAAGGAGAGUGCACAGCCUGCCAACUCCCCCAGCAAGGAGAGUGCACAGCCUGCCAACUCCCUCAGCAAGGAGAGUGCACAGCCUGCUAACUCUCCCAGCAAAGAGAGUGCACAUCCUGCUAACUCUCCCAGCAAGGAGAGUGCACAGCCUGCCACUCCAGGCUCCCUCAUCAAGGAGAGUGCACAGCCUGCCACUCCAGGCUCCCCCAGCAAGGAGAGUGCACAGCCUGCUAGUUCUCCCAGCAAGGAGAGUGCACAGCCUGCCAGUUCCCCCAGCAUGGAGAGUGCACAGCCUGCCAGUUCUCCCAGCAAGGAGAGUGCACAGCCUGCCAGUUCUCUCAGCAAGGAAAGUGCACAGCCUGCCAGUUCCCCCAGCAAGGAUAGUACACAGCCUGCCAGUUCCCCCAGCAAGGAGAGUGCACAGCCUGCCAGUUCCCCCAUCAAGGAGAGUGCACAGCCUGCCAGUUCCCCCAGCAUGGACAGUGCACAGCCUGCCAGUUCUCCCAGCAAGGAGAGUGCACAGCCUGCCAGUUCCCCCAGCAUGGAGAGUGCACAGCCUGCCAGUUCCCCCAGCAAGGAGAGUGCACAGCCUGCCAGUUCCCCCAGCAAGGAGAGUGCACAGCCUGCCACUCCAGGCUCUCCCAGUAAGGAGAGUGCACAGCCUGCCAGCUUCUCCAGCAAGGAGAGUGCACAGCCUGCCAGCUCCCCUAGCAAGGAGAGUGCACAGCCUGCCAGCUCCCCUAGCAAGGAGAGUGCACAGCCUGCCAGCUCCCCCAGCAAGGAGAGUGCACAGCCUGCCAGCUCACCCAGCAAAGAGAGUGCACAGCCUGCCAGCUCCCCUAGCAAGGAGAGUGCACAGCCUGCCAGCUUCCUCAGCAAGGAGAGUGCACAGACUGCCAGCUUCCCCAGCAAGGAGAGUUUACAGCCUGCCAAUCCCCCCAGCAAGAACAGUGCUCAGGAGUGUGUGUCCGACAGACAGACCUCAGGCACAGAAGAGACCUCUCCAGUCCCUCCCCCCAAGAAGGCUUAUGCUAACUUCCUUGAUAUGCUGGAUGAUCCCUCCUUUAAUCCCUUUGCCACCAAAGCUAGUGUUAUGAAUUCUCCUGAUAGACCAGAUUGCAUGGGAAAGGUGCCUGACACUGGAAAUGAAUUAAAUAAGAGUACAGCUAUAGGAAGUGUUAUUAACUCACCCAAAACCUUUGAGUGCCAACAGAAGUUCCCUGCAGCUGAGAAGACAGUGGAGGGGAGUGUCUCCCCAAUUUGUGCAGAGAAUGGAGGGAAGGCAGAACGACACAUGUCACCAGCAAAGAGGCAUAAGGAUAAAGGAGAUUCUUUCCCACAAUGUGAAACAGAUAAAGUGAGUUGUCAACAGAUUCAAGAAGUCAAGAAUUGUUUAAUUUCAUCCAAAGAUGCAAUUCUUGCCUCACAAGACAGGAACUAUGAUGUCAAGGGCUCCUUCAACAAUAGAGAAAAAGAAAAGGAGCAUGAGACAUCUGACAAACAACAACCUAUGGCUGAAGAACUGCUGGUGCAGGAUGAGGGUCUAAUUCCUUGCAAAGGGUACAACUUAGACUUUCUAGAUAGUGAUUUAUUUGACCCUUUUGCCACAAAGUCCUGUGUUAUAAAUUCCCCAUUGAGGCAAGAGAAUAACAACAUUGCUUCUGGUAGUGAAAAUAGAGAUCCUGGCCUCUCCCAGAAUGUGACAGAUAAAGAUAAAGCAGCACAGCUAAUAAAAGAUGAUGCAGCUCAUGAAGAAACUGUUUCCCAGUCACCAAUAAAGAAAGAAGAGGAAAAUGAAGAUGAAAAUAAGUUGGAGGAUUCUCUGGAAGACACUGUUCUGGCCUGCCCAGUUAGACAAGCAGAUACAAACACAACACCUAAUAAACAGGUGGAUAUCAUGAGUCUUAUGGAUGAUCUAAGCUUUGACUCCUUAAAGACCAAGGCUAGCAUUGCCAACUCACCAGAUGGAAAAUCUUUAGCUCAGUACAUGGAUCAGGAAGUUGAUCAGUGCAAAGGAAAGAUAGAUAGUGUGCCUCAGAAACAAGACACUCACAAAUCAGAGCAGCAGUCUGACCUUUUACCAAGUGCUGCACAGAAAGAAGAGAGCGUUGGUGGGUGUUUCCCAGCACCACCACCUGUAGCCAAGUCUGAAAGCACCGCCCUGAACAUGCUCAGCUUCACCCCAAAGAUGGCAGGACAGAGGAGUCUCAACAUAGAGGAGGAGUUUACCAGUGCAUCUGACUUCUUCAACAAUCCUGAGGAGUUGGAUGCUCUGGAAACCCAUGGAGUUGAGGGAGACAAACACAACUUAGUUCGCAACUCCCUGUAUGUCAAGUUUGAUCCUCUGGUGUCUGGCCGGCAAUCCCUUGCUCCCUUCUUGGCUCAGCAGCUGCUCCAGCGAGGCCAGGAAGAGGAACAGGGUGACGGGGAGGACGUGAGGCGGGGCAGUGGACUCAUGUAUUUCAGUCCAUCACCAAAAAAGAAGCAGAAAGCAGAACAGCACCCUGAACAGGAGGUCCCAGUUGAGGCCUUCUUUUCCAUGAUGGACACCACCAUCACCCAUGACAGCACUGUUACAGCUGCCCAUGAGGGCACCACUCUUGACACCACGGCUCUUGAGGCAGCCAACAGCACAGUCAUCCACCACCUGGCUGCAGCAGCAGUGACAGUGAAGAUGGUGAGGGAGGCAGAGAUGAACCAGAAAAUCAAGAACAUGGAGCUCAUGAUGCAGGAUGAAAUGUUGAGGAAGGGACGUGUCUUUGAGGAAGAGAAAAAGCAAUGGACCAAGAAGAUGGAAGAGCAGAGCAUUGCACUUGUUUCUUUGGAGGAAGAAAACACUAAGCUAAAGGCCACUGUACACCAGAUGGUGGGGUUUGUGUCUAAGAUCAAAGACAGCUAUGAUGCUGCAGAGAAGAGACACCAGCAGAAAGAGGAACAGCAACAGAAGGAGUGGGAGGCAAAAUUGGCAAGUGUCAGUAAGGACCACAGCCAGACCCAGGAGGAGCUGAAGAGGACUGAGGGAUCAUUCUUUGAGCUGGUGAAGAAAUUUGAAAGGUUGCGUGAAGUGAGUGAAUUAUUGGAGCAGCAGAAACAAAAACUGAUGGAGAAAGUUGAACGAAUUACCCAUGAAAAGAAUGAGUGUGUUGAGAAGUACAAGACCGCUCUCAAUACUCUGCAAGAGACACAUGAGAAGGCCCAAGAGGAACACAGGACUGCCAAAGAGAGCCAUGAACAAGAGAUGAAGAGAGCAUCAGUCCUCAUCAAACAUGCAGAAUUGAAGAUCCUUUCUCUCACAGACUCUGUAACCAAGAAGGAUGUAGAGAUGAAGAGACUCACCACUCUCUUGGAAGACAUCACAGGGAACAUGGGUGCCAAGAGCUAGUGAGUUGCUGGGUCAUUUGGGUUCUUUCUUGAAUAAUUAUACACUUCAUUUGCAAAGAAUAUAUGGAGCCAAAGUGAGUUGCUGGGUCAUUUGGGUUUUCUUGAAUCAUUAUACACUUCAUUUGCAGAGAAUAUAUGGAGCCAAAGUGAAACAUAUUCAAGUUCCAUUGGUAUUUUUUGUGCAUUUUUCUCUCAAAAUUGUGAUCAGCAUGCUUGGUGUAGCUUUAAAUUUAAAUCAGGAUAAACAUACAAUUUUUCAUCCACACUAAAUCAUUAUGUGUAUCAGAGGAAAGUACAAGUUAGGCCAAUGUUUAUUGAGAACCUGGUAAGAGUUUGGCUCUUUGGCUCUCCAUUGUUUUGAUUUUUCUUAAGUGGGAUGUCCUUAGGUUAACAAGUUUACUUUUACUCAUUCCAGAGCACAAAUACUUGUACUGUUCUUUGUCAUGCUGUAAAGCAAAGUAUACAAGUCAUUUGAUGGCUUAUCAAGCUGGGAUAUAUAUUUAAAAGCAGCAAGAUAACUUCUUAGUUGUUUUUGCUGCUUGUCUUCUACUUUAAAUUUCAGUUUAAGUUAGUUUGUUUUCUGUAUUAUUUAGUUGAUAGUUUGUCAGUUUUUAUCCAUUACUGGAAAUAAAAUGAAAAAAAUUACAUGCAUUAUUUGGCAUUGCGUUGUUGAUCUCUCAAUGAUUGUCACUUAAACUGGCUACUUAUGAACUUGCAGCUUUAUGUAACCCUUCAUUUCCCUAUACUUUCAUAUUUUUACCAUAUGCUUGUAAUAUGUAAAUAAAAGUUUUAUUUCACA